GUGAGGACCUGCGGACCUACAGCACAGCCUAUGGGCCUAUGGCGGAGCGACGCCUGUGGGCUGUGGCCUUCUGCGGGCGGCCAUUGUCGUGCCUGAUAAGCUUUUCUACGUGACUCACUUGCUUCACCUAGCCGGCAGAGCGAGACAACUGGGUAACUCCCUGAUCCGGUCUGCUUCUCCCUACACCCAGACAACAUCCUUGGCCCGCCCAAUCUCUGCCACCAGCCUCGAGCGGAUCGACCUGAGCCCCGGGCCUAGCACCGGAGGGAUCCGGGUGGAGAAGAAUCAUUGCUACGCUCCAGUCCUGGAGUCUGUUAGCCAGACUGUGAGGCGCAACGGAUUCCUAAGGCUCUCCUGGCCAGGCAGGACUUCUCCCAGCACUCACGAGGAACUGAGCCUGGACUGGUGUUUGGAGGAACAAGUCAUAACACCGAUCGCUCCCAGCACAGACUUGCCACUGCCCCCACCCCCAAACCUACUCUCUCCUGUUUCAUUCCCCCCAGAACCCACAGUUCCCAAACAGUGCACCUGCGGGAGAUCUCAACCCAGCUGGAGAAGUGGACAUGAGGUUGGCAGAGGCAAGAUGCUGAGGUUGGUGCUAUGAAACCUUCCCAGAGCAUGAGUUCUAAAAGGCACCUCCAAACCUGCUGGGGAGACCCAAACAGAGCAGCCUCAAGGCCCCCUGCGCAUCGUGGCCCUAAUCAUCAUUAUGGGUCUCACCUGGAUCCUAGUCACCAUCCUCCUAGGUGGUCCUGGUGUUGGCCUUCCUCGAAUUCAGCAGUUCUUCACCAGCCCAGAGAACUCAGUGACUGCAGAUCUCAGGUGACACCAGGGCCAGGCAUAUGGGUCACAUCUGCUAUCAUUACUCAGAACCAAGGGCCAGGAAGUACAAAUGCGGCCUGCCCCAGCCUUGUCCUGAAGAGCACCUGAGCUUUCGAAUAGUCAGCGGGGCUGCCAAUGUCAUCGGGCCCAAGAUCUGCCUCGAGGACAAGAUGCUCAUGAGCAGCGUCAAAGACAAUGUGGGCCGUGGCCUGAACAUCGCCCUGGUGAAUGGGGUCAGUGGUGAGCUCCUAGAAGCCAGAGCCUUUGACAUGUGGGCUGGAGAUGUCAAUGAUCUCUUGAAGUUCAUCCGGCCACUGCAUGAAGGUACCCUGGUGUUUGUGGCUUCCUAUGAUGAUCCAGCUACCAAGAUGAAUGAAGAGACCAGGAAGCUUUUUUCUGAGCUGGGCAGCAGGAAUGCCAAGGAUCUAGCCUUCCGUGACAGCUGGGUGUUUGUGGGAGCCAAAGGUGUGCAGAACAAGAGCCCCUUUGAGCAGCAUAUGAAGAACAGUAAGCACACCAACAAGUAUGAGGGCUGGCCAGAGGCCCUGGAGAUGGAAGGCUGUAUCCCUCGAAGGAGCAUAGCGGGCUAGCACAGCAGAGCUCUGGGACCAGACUGAAGGAGGCAGCAUGGCACCAGUGUCAGGUGGAGACUGUGCCCCAUGCCCAGGCAUGAGGCUCCCCCUCCCUAACACAUUAGGGCUUGAAAGUGGCCUCAAGGUGAUGGGGGCUGCAGGGCUGGCCCAUUUCAUUUUGUCAGGGAGCUUAGGUACCUGUGUCCUUGUUUUCCUAAAGCUGAUCCCACAGUCAGUUCCCACCCAGCCCCUUCCUCUGCCCCUCAUGUGUCAUCUUCUAUUUCUCUUUUUUUUUCAUCUUCUAUUUCUUGAGUGCCCCCCAGAGGCAAGGGUCUUCAAUGCUUGCCCCUGUCACUGGAGCAGGUAUUGGGUAGGUUGGGACAUCUUCAAGAAACUCUCCCUCCCAGAGGCACUGCACUGGUAUCCAACCCUGUUUUCAGUGAUCCUUUAAGCCAAAUCAGAACUGAUUGGAUGACUUCUGCAAGCCUGAAUGGAGCAAUCUGGCCUUAAGUGCCCAAGUAGCUGGAGUCCAAUCAGAGUUCCUCACAAGGUGUCUGUCAGAGGGCUCACCUUCUAAAUGACCUGUUUGUUAAUAAACUAAUUUCUUGCAGUGGAAUAAAGUGUAUUCAGAUGUCCUCAGUGGAGAGUCAA